AUGGCGGAACUUUUCGACUUCGAACUUUUGGACUCUGCGGAGGAUUUUGUGAUCCUGGGACCGGAUCCUAUGGAGCAGGAGGUGGCAGCCGCUGAGACUGCCCAGAUUGCGGCUGAUCAGGAUGAGAUGGCCAUUUUGGCCGAUUACGUGAUCCCUGCGGAAGACCCCUGCGGACUUGGAGCGGGACUUGGAGGCUAUGGUGAGCGGCAUCACCUCUCUCUCCUUGCAGACCCCCCCUGGACUGGCAAGUCCUACUUCGGCUCCUCCCCCUACGGCAUCCUCCGUGGUGGCUGUGGACGCAUCGACGGUGCUUCAUGCCCUGAUACCGAGCCUCGCCCGGAUGCGUCAUCCUCCUCCGUGCCGGCCUCAGGGGCAUUGUCGCUGCUGGGCAAGCAGCUGCCGCCGGUGCCUUCCUCGACUUUGCGGACAAGCCUGGACACUGAGGUUCCGGUUGAGCAGCGCUUGCAGGAUCCUGUGACCUACUCCUUUGCCGAGGACGGGAACAUCCUUUUGACCAACGUCAUGGCUGGCCUUCCCUGCCUCCCGAAGAAGUUGGCGCAGCCGCUGCGGAGCAUCCAGGUGGGUGAGAUCGUUGAGCUUUGCCUCAAGUUCGACGUGAGCAAGCUCACCCCGCCGGCCUUUGCCCGCAUUGUUGAGGGCACCCUACGCAUUCACUGCCUGGGCCUCGAGGAGCUUAUCCGGAUGGGGUUCAACCAGAUCCCCUGGGAUGAGGCUGCUGUGCGAGCACUCCUCAACAAGUUGCGCGACACGGAGGCUACCCACACCCUCCGCUGGUUCUCCAAGAGGUUUGGGCUGCUGGACGUGGCCUCCCUGGGUAGGCUCCAGGAGAAACGCAAAGCACUGCAGGACCAACUGACGCCCACGGUGUCCAAGCCUCAGCGGAAGGCCAUGGUCCCCUUGAAGGAAGUGAUUUGGGCACUGGAGUGCGGCGCUGCGGGGAUUCCCCCCCCCCACUGCUCCGAGCCCUGA